UCUUGUAAACAUCCAAGAUUGUCACAUCUUCCGCUGCUUCAAGAGAAGUACGAUCAAAAUGAAUUUUCAGCAUCAACUUAUCAAGAUUAUACUUCUGACUCUAGUGGGGUUUUCAAAAACUACUGGAGCUGUCCAGGAAACGACAAAUAUCAAAUCAUUUGCCCAUUAUCCUGAAAACAUGGUGUUAAGAUUGAUCAUCCAAGCUUAUACAGACGACAUUAUCCACGAACUCCAGCAACAUCCCAACAUUGACUUAACCUCAACCCAGGAGGCACUGCUGAAGGAACGGUUGAGCGGCCUUCACGAUCACAUACAUAACCACCCAGCACUUCAUCAAAAUCGACUUUGGGUGGGACAAAAAAAACCGACUUUUGCACCCGACAACAACUAUUUUAAGAACUUUGAAAUUGAGCUGGGCCGACCAGAAACGAAGCAUUCAGAACAUCAGAAGUUCAAGAGGGAGUCCUUUUAUCCAUCAGAAGAAAUCUGUACCACCGAAACCACCUGGUUGAAAAUUAAUUUCACCAUUGAUCUUUACAAUAAGCCUGUAGAGAUUAUUCAACAAGAUUACUUUGGGCAGUAUGUUUUCUCCUUCAGGUGUUUAACGUUACAUAAACCAUGUCGUGGAAUAACAACAAUGUAUGAAAGUGAGUGCAUCGAGAGGCUUGGAUGGGUAUAUAUGUAUUAUCGACGCCGUGGAGAAAAAGCACAGUGGGGACCUGUUGCUGUUCCGAGUCACUGUGUGUGUAUUAUAACACCAAGGUUCUUUCCUGAUUUGAGAGCUGGUACUCAGUAAGCAAUCAGACCUUAAGAUAUUGAUGUAGUCAUGAUUUCUCUGUCUCCUCAGCACUUACUGUCCGCCAGCUUUUACUUAUACAGUGUCAUUGCACAUUAUAAGAAACUUCUAGUAGAGUCAGUUAAAGGUAAAGCAUGAAUUUGGGCGUUCAAGCUAAGCAAAUACUAUAUAGAAAUUAUUUAUU